AUGGCGUCGACACCAACAAAACAUGUUCUUACAAUUCAAUUAUUAGUUGAAUAUGUGGAAUUCUUAUGUGUGGACGGCGUAAAUCCAAGAAUCGACUCGUUUGUUACGCCCAUUCUAGCGAAGAAAGUGAACGAUUUUGUAUAUCUCCUCAAAGAUGGAAGAUCAAUGUCUGGUGAAGAAACAGAUACAAUCAUUCGAAAAUGGUUCAGAAAACAGAGUAGUGAAAAGGUGACAGUGCCCUUCAACAAUCGAACGAAAACGGUCAAUGACAUUAUCGAUUUACUUCAAAAUGAUUGUCAAUUGAACGAUUUGAUCGUGAAAUAA